AAAUCUAGUUUAUACAUUAUAAAAUCAGCCUCUAAAAGACCAAGAUGUGUGUGUUAAAGAUUAUUCUUGUGGCGAUCUCAAUCUUAGUAGUUGAAAAUCUGGCCCUUCAUCAUUACGAUCCUAAUGGUUCUACCAUCUUUGGGGUUGUAAGAGCAAGCGACCGAUUAAUGGUCAAAGAGGAAAUUGUGGAACCUAGAAGGUUUUUUCGCAUCGUCAAAAAAGAUGUUUACUUCAAGCCUCAGCCAUUUAAAAUUAGCGGAAUUGUGGCCACUGAUAAUAGCGAUGAAAAAGGUGGUAGAGCUGCUCUUCUCGAAGGAGGUCCUGGUUCCAAUUUUGCCAUGAUUCAGUUAAAAUCUGCUCGUAGUAGAGGUCUUAAUUUCACUUUAGAUAUAUACACUGAAGCGCUGAAUUGUCUUGGAUGCACAUUUGUGGGUUAAAUUCAAAUCAAAUUUAAUAUAAUUUCAGUAAAUAAAUAUAAUAUAUAUUUGUAUAUCUAAUCAAUCAAAUGAAUAAUAUAUUUAUAAAUAUUUUUCUCUCAGUGUACUUUAUUCCUCCAAUCCAGACACAGCU